GAUUUGCCUGUGAAAAGGGGUUGAGUGAGAAUAGCCCACGAACUGCGUGAACAGUGAGAAUAGCCCACGAACUGCGUGAACAGUGAGAACGUACAAGUGACUGAAGUGGAAGACUCGGAUACAAUGGCGAUCGAACGGCGACGUGCGGCAGAGGCGGCGCGCAAGGAACGAAUUUUCAACACCAGAAAUCGGGUCAUCGGCGUGGACCUUUCAACGCUUGGGGGGCAGGUCGCAGAGAAACAGGAGCGCCAGAGGGUCGAGAGAGAACGGGACAAGGCUUUCGAAUCCUUGAGCGCGAUGCACGAUGCUCUCCUGAAGCAGCAGUUUGCAGAAGAGGAGCGCAGGAGGGCGGAGUUGUCCCAGGAAUUGGUACAGUUCCGAGCAACUCACCAGCGCGCUGAGGACUCCCGUGACGCUGAUCUAAAUUUUAAACAACAGGUUCUUAAUCCUCCGGUUUCAGAGAAGGAUCUCGGACCUUCGAGCAUGCAGGUGUUUCAGGGAGGUGAUUGUAUGGCCACAGAGAGGAAGAAAGCUCAGAUGGAGGAAAAUGUAAGAUGUCUGACAGCACAGACACAGGCGAAGGAGAAAAUGCGCUUCCACAAAAAAAAAGCAGAGUUGCUAUGGGGCCAAGCACAGGUACAGCAAGACUUGAGAGAGCUGCAGCUUAGUGCUGUGGAGGACAAGUGUAAGAGAGAAGCUCAAGUUGCUCUCAGCAUGUUCAACCAGGCUCAGGCUGCCCAGCAGGCACAGCAGCAGAAGGAGGACAGAUUGAAAGAGGAAGGGGAGAACGCGAUGGAGGUGUGGCACAUGAUGACCUCUGACCUCCUGACGGAGCGCCCUGAGGCCGCAGAAAGAGAGGGGGGGGUCGGGCCAAGGGUGCUGUUGGACAGGUGGAAGGGGAUGAGUGACGAGCAGCUGAACGCCAUACGCAGGCAGAGGGAGGAGCAGCGAGCUCAGAAAGAGAGGCAGAGAGAGGCCGAGAGGCAGAGAGAGGCAGCGUGGGAUAGCCUACGGAUGGCUCAAAGCCGAGAGGAAGAGGAGGAGGAGAAGAGAGUACAGGAGAAAGAGAGGCAGAAGAGGACAGAGAUGGACAGAUACAACAUGCAGCUGGCCAGAGAGCAACUGACACAUCAGCAGUACCUGGACCAGAAUGUCUACACCAACCGACCUGCAGCCAGCUACUUCACGCAGUUUGGCGCUAGCUCUCGCUAGCACCCCUGCACCACCUCUUUGUGUCAGAACAGCAUGCUGACACACCUGACACAGGGGAGACGUAAUUCAGGGCCACACACACUGGACACGCACAGCGUAGCGUUGACACUUACUUCAUAUACAUAUGGAUAUUUUGUGUACAUUAUUAUUUCAGAGUGGUAUUUUAUGUUCGGAAUGUUUCUGCAUACAUAAUUACAUGGUUCCACAAAAGUAAAAGAAGUGAAUGAAUUGCAAAUGUUUAGUAUAACAUAAGCAGAUGGUGUGGAUUUUACUGGAUAAUUACUAUUCUCAGCAAACAUUUAAGCAUGGAUCACUUGGGAUGCUUCCAAAGCUGUCGUUAUUGUUGUUAUAUGCUCUGUUUAUGUAAACUCUGUCCAUUCUUCGGUUAUAUGAGCUCAACAUCAUCAGCUCCGACUACCAUCAGGGCACAAGUGCUGCAGUUGAUACAUUUGAUUAUUGUUAUGUAAAUCAUAAUUGCUAGAGCCAUGUGCUUUUGGCAAACUGGAUUUAUUACUUUCCCACACCAUACACUGUAUGAUAUUUUAAAACUUUCAGUACCAGUGUUCUCUCUGCACAGGCUUUGUAGAGGCAUUAUGUGCGUGAAGUUGCAGUUUAACUAGACUAGACUCAUAUGGCAAGGAAACUGUAGUGAGAGUAGACAGUUCUGUUGCUUGACAAAUUCUGAAUAUUGUAAUUGUCAUAAUUUUUUUCAUUUCUAGAA